GUCGGGAGCUAGUCACCCGCUGGGGGCGCUGCCUCGAGCCUCAUGGCUGCCCCUGCUUCCGGCAUGGGCCCACUCGGGCCCUCUGCCCUGGGCCUUCUGCUGCUGCUCCUGGUGGUGGCCCCUCCCCGGGUCGCAGCAUUGGUCCACAGACAGCCAGAGAACCAGGGAAUCUCCCUAACUGGCAGCGUGGCCUGUGGUCGGCCCAGCAUGGAGGGGAAAAUCCUGGGCGGCGUCCCUGCGCCCGAGAGGAAGUGGCCGUGGCAGGUCAGCGUGCACUACGCAGGCCUCCACGUCUGCGGUGGCUCCAUCCUCAAUGAGUACUGGGUGCUGUCGGCUGCGCACUGCUUUCACAGGGACAAGAAUAUCAAAAUCUAUGACAUGUAUGUAGGCCUCGUAAACCUCAGGGUGGCCGGCAACCACACCCAGUGGUAUGAGGUGAACAGGGUGAUCCUGCACCCCACAUAUGAGAUGUACCACCCCAUCGGAGGUGACGUGGCCCUGGUGCAGCUGAAGACCCGCAUUGUGUUUUCUGAGUCCGUGCUCCCGGUUUGCCUUGCAACUCCAGAAGUGAACCUUACCAGUGCCAAUUGCUGGGCUACGGGAUGGGGACUAGUCUCAAAACAAGGUGAGACCUCAGACGAGCUGCAGGAGGUGCAGCUCCCGCUGAUCCUGGAGCCCUGGUGCCACCUGCUCUAUGGACACAUGUUCUACAUCAUGCCCGACAUGCUGUGUGCUGGGGACAUCCUGAAUGCUAAGACCGUGUGUGAGGGCGACUCCGGGGGCCCACUUGUCUGUGAAUUCAACCGCAGCUGGUUGCAGAUUGGAAUUGUGAGCUGGGGCCGAGGCUGCUCCAACCCUCUGUACCCUGGAGUGUAUGCCAGUGUUUCCUAUUUCUCAAAAUGGAUAUGUGAUAACAUAGAAAUCACGCCCACUCCUGCUCAGCCAGCCCCUGCUCUCUCUCCAGCUCUGGGGGCCACUCUCAGCGUCCUUGUGGCCAUGCUGGCUGGCUGGUCAGUGCUGUGAGGUCAGGAUACCCACUCUAGGAUUCUCAUGGCUGCACACCCUGCCCCAGCCCAGCUGCCUCCAGACCCCUAAGCAUCUCCUGUCCUGGUCUCUCUGAAGCAGGCAAGGGCCACCUAUCCCGGGGGUGGACGCUGAGUCCAUGAGGUGAUGAGCAAGUGUACAAAAGAAAUAAGGGAAGGGGGAGAGGGGCUGGUCAGGGAGAACCCAGCUUGGGCAGAGUGCACCUGAGAUUUGAUAAGAUCAUUAAAUAUUUACAAAGCAA